GCUGGGGGCGCAUCGUGCAGGAGGUCCGAUGUGCCAGUAGAGCACGGAAAGUCGUUGAGAAGUGAAGUGUUGUGUCGGUGUGUGUGCCUUUUCAUAUAACGUAUACAGUAUACGCGCCGGCUACGAAUUGUGUGUUAGGCUUAACAACAUAUCUUGUGAUACUCUGGAUAUUGAUUUUACUCCUAUAUUGGAUUAUUCGUCACGUUAAACUAGGAAAUUACUUUCGGCCAACUUUACUGGUUUCAUAUUGGUGCUACCCAUUAAAUGUUACCAAAAAUGUGUUGGAUACGUUCAUUUAAUUGUAAAGAAAACAUGAAGAAGUAGCAAUUCCAAUUAGGGGACCAGAAUCAAAGAAGGUAUCAUUGAUGAAUAAUUUGUGGAUUAUAAUUAGGAGAUGACAGGAAGAAGCUUAAGAAGUGAACCCAAGCGCCUAUCAGAUAAAUACGAUAUUCUAUUAACUCCAGUAGUCGUGUCAUUAAGGAAAUUACGCGAAGGGACCAUAGGAAAUAAUUUGAGUGAAAAAAUGAGUUGUGAAGAUGAAUCUGUCUGCGAUGACAGAAGCAUUAGUCAAGAUCCCGGAUGGCAGAAAGACGUUAGUGAUGUAUUAACUUCUAUUUUAAAAGACGGUAGUACCUGCGCACCCGAAUGGGGUGGUGAUACAGACCAAACAUGUUUAGAUCUUCCCCGUUUAGAUACGGAUAAAGAGAAGUUAACAACUUAUAAAAUUAACCCACCUAAUCCUGAAGCUGACGAGACGACUAAUAUCGAUGACUGUGCAGAUGAUUCGGGUAGUGAUGCUACUAUAACAGAUAUAACUGAAAAUAUGGAAGGACUUAAAGAAUUAGAAUCUACUACAACUAUACAAGAAGUUCCUUCUAAUUCACCGAAAUCACCAAUUUUAGACGUAUGUGAUGUUACAAAUGCCGAAUGGGCAGAGGAAGGAUAUCAAGAGAAGUCGAAGGUCAGAAAAGUGUCUUCAUUAUCAGUUUACGCAGACGUUGAAGAUGGAAUAAUUAAGAACGUAUCUUGUAAGAGAUUCAAGAGAAGAUGUAAGAAGAUUGUAGACGAUAGUGAAUCAUAUUCUUAUAGACCCGUUAAGUAUGGAAGACGUAAGAAGUCUUUCGGUUAUACAGGAGACGAAACUGAUGAUGUUAUUGAAAAUGAAGUUAAGGAUCUUGUAGAAGAUAUGGUUUUCAAAGCCUCAUACAAUGUCAUCAGGUUGAAAAAUUUGUCGAAUUGGUCCGAAGAAAAGGAAAUCGUUGGAGGACUUCUUAAGGAAUUUUGUGAAUGUAACGGUUACGAUUACGAUGAUUACGAUAAUCCAGUUUGUAUUCUAGACUUCGAUAGUCACAUCGUUAAAGAAUCUGAUAUAAUCAAUAUACCCAGUCAAAGAAAAUGCUACAAAAGAAAAUUUCCACAAGAAUUAGAAGGAAUGUUUAGGAAAAGGAGAAAGAGGAAAUUGACACGUGGGGAGGUUGUUAAAAAGUUCUUCACUCGAUCAGCAGCUCGCAGACUUAAGUAUAAAACAACUAAAAAUGGUGACACUAUUGUUGUUGAAGAAAGUGAUUCUAACACAGAUUCUGAAAUAGUAGAAAAAUCCAAAGAUGAAAUUGUAAAGGAAAUUCCUAGCAAAACAAAUGAAUCACCAUCAACAUCUGCAGCAACUGUAGCAACUAGUAUUACUACAAUAACAACUGACACUACUGUUUCUACUGUUACCACCGCUACCAAAGAACAAAAAUUGAAUAUUUUAUCAAAGAAAAGUACAACGAAUGACAUUGAAAGUAAAGAAGCAGUAAAAUCUGAAGAUAAAUCAAAAAGUCAACAGAUCAUUUUAGAAAGAAAAUCGCCAGUAAAUAUAACACAAGAAACUGAAGAAAAUACCGUGGACCACAAAGUUAAACCAAAGGACAAUGACGAUUUGGAAAUAAAAAAGGCUUAUGGAAUCUCAAAAUUCCGUCACAAGCAUCAUAUUUUGCAAAGUUUAAAGAAGAAUAAAGUAACUAUAGACACAGAUGCACCCUUAGAUUUACGCAUAAAAGAUGGUGGAUCAGACAAUUCGUCUACAGGAAAACUGAAAACUCCCAUACAAAUGGUCCAUCCUCAAGUAAAUACAUCAUUAAUGCCAAAGAAAGUGUGGUGUGCAAGAAGAAAUCUCGAUUGCUUUACAAAUGGUGAAAAUUUUUCUCUAGUCAACAAUAAAGUUACUACAGAUGUGAAUAAAAUUUCACCAAUAAGCACUCCGAAGCCAGAAGUGAUCUCUUCAGAUACGAAGAAGGCUCAAGAAUCUGAAGCAGAGUCGAUUCUUCGUAGCUUGCUCCUGGAAGCGUCUGAUGCGGCCGUGACAGAAAUAUCUUCAGAAGCAAAAAGAAACGCAGAAGCUAGUCUAAAUGUUCCUAAAGUUCUUAGUGUAAGUGAUAAAGAUCAUACAAAAACUCCCGAUCAUAGGGAUACCAUAAAUCGGAUGAAAGAAGUGUUAAGUCACGCCACACCAAGGUUAAAGUCAUCACCAGCCCCACCAGUUGACAUUGCAAUGAAGAAACCGAACGAAAAUGAAAGUAUUUCGGAAGCAGACAAAUUCCAAGAUCCUCUUCAAAUUAAAGAAGAAAUAAAAAAGUUAAAAAAUGAAAUCAUCCAUCUUGAAAUGAUAGCAGAACAGAAGGAAAAGGAGAGAGUAGCUAUCAUCUGUUUUAAGAAGUGUAAAGAGGAGAUACUAAAACAAAUAGAAAAUAGUCAGUUUAACACUUUACUUCAGAAAGAUGGCUGUGGUGACAAAGAUUCAAAAACUCAACCAGUUGUGCAUAGUAAACUUUCACUUCACGCUCUGUAUAAUUAUGCAAAAAAUAAAAUGAUUAAUGCUCACAGACAAAACAGCAUUUACCACGCAAAUCAUAGAGAAACAUGUAUGGUGAGACCGAUUGUAUCUCAUGAUAACAGAAAGAGCCCUUUAGGUAAUGAAUCCUUACCUAGUGUAGAGGCGCUUGUUGCUAAAGCAUCAGAAAAUUACGGAGUGAGUUUUGAUCAUUUAUCAGAUGACAAAAAUGGUUCAUUAAAUAGGCAGUCAUUAGAACAUAACAGACGUCUUAGUGAACUGCAACAUUCAGCUUAUCAGUGCUGUACAGAUCCCUUGUGGAGAAAUGCAACUCUCUAUGGCUUUGCUCCAUCAUCCGGAUAUUGUAAUUCAUUUCAUACACCACUCGCACUCUCUACAAAAUUAUCUAUAGAUCACGAACAGGACUCUCACUUGAAGGGAUGGAAAUACGGUGCAAUAUCUGAUUACAGCAAUAAAGAGAGAAAUAACGAUAAGAAAGAUGAUCGUAUCAAAACCGAAAUGAGUAGAGAAAACAAGGUUCUUUAUCAUCCAACUGCUACUGUUCCACCCGUGACCUGGUCCGAGAGAACAUACUGCAAACCAAACGGUACAAUCACAACAAAAACAUCAGAGAGCUCUUCUAGAUUAACUCCCAUAACUCCAACAACUUCACCCUAUAUUGGAAGUGCCCUUGGAAGGUAUGAAAGCAUGGACCUUUCACAAUCAUUUUAUUCUUCACCCAAUUUCCCUCUAUCAAUGUCGUGUUGGAAUGGAUAUCCCGCACCGCAAUUACCAAGGCAUAGUAAUGAUACAGAAUCAUCAUCCAAAGUUCGAAAUGAGAAUCAACGCUGGAUGGAUCGGCCUUGUCCAACUUAUCAUUCACUUUAUAUCCAACCUCGUGGUAAUUCAACUUCUCCAUGCUAGUGAUGUCCCAACGUUAGAAAUAAGGAAGACACUUUGAAGAAGAAGAAGAAGAAUUAUAUUUACCAGUAAAUCUAAAAUAAAAUUAUGAUCAAUUU